UUACCUUUCAAGUCCUAGCUAAAAGCCCACCACUCCAAAGGGCCACCUGGACACUGCCUCAGGAGAUUCCAGGAAAGUAAAGGUUGUUUCUCUUCACGCCUGUAUCCUCAGCUCCUGUGAUCAUGCUCAGCACAUGAGAAUGGCAGUGGUCUCUGCGAUGCCCUGGGUCCUGUAUUUGUGGAUAAGUGCUUGUGCGAUGCUGCUCUGCCAUGGAUCCCUUCAGCACACUUUCCAGCACCAUCACCUGCGCAGACCAGAAGGAGGGACAUGUGAAGUGAUCGCUGCACACAGAUGUUGUAAUAAGAACCGUAUUGAGGAGCGAUCACAAACAGUCAAGUGUUCCUGUCUACCCGGGAAAGUGGCUGGAACGACAAGAAACCGACCUUCCUGUGUCGAUGCCUCCAUAGUGAUUGGGAAAUGGUGGUGUGAGAUGGAACCUUGUCUAGAAGGAGAAGAGUGUAAGACACUCCCUGAUAAUUCCGGAUGGAUGUGUGCUACAGGCAAUAAAAUCAAGACCACAAGAAUUCACCCAAGAACCUAACGGAAGCAUUUGUUAUAGUAAUAAAGGAAAACCUACUCUGUGGAAAAUACAUUUUAAGAAUUUAAAACAUCUUAUACAUUAGAAGCCAAAUGGAUUUCUUAUUUGCACUUUGACUGAUUACCAGAUAAUCACAGUGCUUUUACUGUGUGUCACGAAGUCUCCUAGAGUGAGAAGACCCGGAGAUUUUGGCAACACCAUGGAAAGUGGGUUAAGGGAAAAAAGGGUUUUCUCAAUGCAAAUUUUGGGGAUCACAAAGAA